UUCUCCAGAAAAGCAACAACCACAAGACUUCCACACAAAGAAUAUCCAAGACUACUUCCUCUUUUUUUCAAAAAACAACCACCGCAAACAUGUCUGACACCGGCCGCAAGGACUUCACCCAGAAGGCUAAGGAGGAGAUCACUCCUGACUCUUCCAAGUCCACCCAGGACAAGGUCAAGGAGACCAUCACCGACACCACUGACCGCGUCGCCCGUGGCUUCCAGUCCGAUGACAGCAAGUCCACCACCCAGUCGGCCUUUGACAAGACCCAGCGCACCCACGACAACGAGCAGCACGGCGGUGCGGCCUCUUCCAUUGGUGACAAGGUCAAGAACGCCCUCGGUGUUGGCAACUAAGCCUAUGCGCUCAGUUCCCGUCUAGAUGGAAGGCAACAAUUGCCUGGUUGUCAGUCCUCCUUUUUCAUGAGUCAUGAUACCACAUCUGAGAACUCAGUUAUUGCUAUGUAACUAUCACAAACCAUAGUUUAAUAAUAACUCGAAAUCUCCUCGAAACAU